AUGGCGUCACGGAAGAAGGUCAUGCUGAAGGUGAUUAUUCUCGGAGACAGCGGUGUCGGUAAAACGAGUUUGAUGAACCAAUAUGUCAACAAGAAGUUCAGCGGAAGUUAUAAGGCAACAAUCGGCGCCGAUUUCCUUACAAAAGAGGUUCUGGUCGAUGACCGACUAAUCUGGGAUACCGCCGGGCAAGAACGUUUCCAGUCAUUAGGAGUCGCAUUUUACCGUGGAGCCGACUGCUGCGUCCUCGUCUACGAUGUGAAUAACUCUAAAAGUUUUGAGGCGCUUGACAGCUGGCGCGACGAGUUUCUUAUCCAGGCGAGCCCGCGCGACCCUGAGAGCUUCCCGUUCGUUGUGAUCGGAAACAAGAUCGAUAUGGAGGAGAGCAAGCGAAUGAUCUCUUCUAAACGAGCUAUGACGUUCUGCCAGUCGAAGGGGAAUAUUCCGUACUUCGAAACUAGCGCGAAGGAAGCUGUCAACGUCGAACAAGCCUUUGAAGUCAUCGCUCGAAGUGCGCUCGCCCAAGAAGAAGCGGAAGAAUACGGUGGCGAUUACACUGACCCUAUCAACAUUCACGAUACUACCGAGCGUGAUGGAUGCGCCUGCUGA